GCUGAUGUGGACAACAGUGGUACCAUAGACUAUGCAGAAUUCAUUGCUGCAACAUUACACCUCAACAAGUUAGAGCGUGAAGAACAUUUGGUGGCAGCUUUUUCAUAUUUUGACAAGGACGGAAGUGGCUAUAUUACAGUUGAUGAACUUCAGCAAGCUUGUAAAGAGCAUAACAUGACUGAUGUUUUUCUUGAAGACAUUAUCAAGGAAGUUGAUCAGGAUAAUGAUGGUCGUAUUGACUAUGGCGAGUUCGUUGCUAUGAUGCAGAAGGGCAAUAUGGGAGUUGGAAGACGGACAAUGCGGAACAGUUUGAAUAUAAGCAUGAGGGAUGUGCCAGGGGCUCGCUGAAUUUUUAUUUACGUACAGCUUGUCUGGAAAGAAGCUGAUUGUCUCUAGUGUUCUUUUCCUUCCCAUUUUGUAUUUGGGUGUGAAAUGAAUGAGGAAAAAUAUUUUGGUUUGCCCUAUUUGGUAUGAUCUCUCUCUCUCUCUCUCUGUUUUUUUAACAGACGAAAAUUGAUGCCAGAAACAUAUUUGGUGAU